AUGCGAAUCUCAGUUCUCAUCGUCCUCGUUUACCUUCAUGGAAACUGUAAGUUGUACAAGAAAUUACUGCACAAAGUUAUCGAUUCUUCGUGCGGCUCUCGGAUAAUUCUGUCUGAAAUUCGAUUCUGACCCUGAGAUUCGACAUUUUUGUGUUUUUAUGGACGGCCUCCGGAACGAAAUUAAAAAUCUUGAAUUUUUGCAAGUCUGGCAACCGGAGGAAUAGAAAACUCCUCCUGUCGUGUUCUUUUUUGAAAUUCAUUCAGAAUUUGGGACUUUGUAAGGCAUGACACUUUUAAAUGAAAACUUCAGAUCGCUCCAGCAAGUACGACCGGGACGAGCCGAUGCCCGAAGACUUUCCUAGAGAAGGUAGGCAUUAGUAUUAGCACAAAAUCUGAAAAGUGUGUUGCCAGUGUACGGAAAGGCGCUGCUAGCCGGUUGGAUCGCGAACAUGACCCUCUUGCCGUCGAUCCUCAAUAUCUUGUACCUGGAACGAGGACUUGUCGAUGACACAAUCAGCCCGCAGAACGUCACGAAUCAGAUGGUCGGCCACAACGUCGACUACGAAAUCAUCAAAAGUUACGGCUCGAAUCUAAUGUUGACCGGAUCCUGGGAGUAUCGGAACUUUCUGGCGCUGUUUGAGAAGCGGAGGCCGUGGUCCGGCAACGAGGAAGAGCGGAGAGCAUUCGAUCGAAGACGAUCGACCACUUCAGGAAGUGCAUCCUCACUGAUCUCUCCGGUUUUCAAACUUUACAAGCGUUUUCAACUCUAUAA